AUGUCUCUCCAGGUCGACGAUCGCGGGAGACGGACCCGCUCCCGUUCACCGGGCCGUCGAGAGCGCAGUCGCAGCCCGGCCGUGCCGCACGUAAUGGAGGCACGCGAGCCGAGCUACGCGUACCCCGAGGACGAUCUCGACGAGCGCGACCGAUAUGCACUCGCCCGGCGCGGCGACCAAGCAGCGCCCGAACCUCCCGGUGCCUUUCCAGGCGCACCUGGUGUCUCUUCCGCUGGCGGCAUCCCCUACCCUGACGACGAGAGCCUCUUCCCCGGCAGCCGCUCCAUGUACGGCUACGACAACCGCGCACCAGCGUCUCCCGGCUACGGUCGCCCCGUCUCGCCCGCAGCAGCUGGUGGUCCCGGCAGCUACUACCAUGAUGCCCGCAACCCUCGUGACCGGCCUGAGGAGCCUCGCAUUCGCACGGCUGAGCCCAGGGACGGCAGGGAUUCACGACCCAUUGAAGACGACAAGCUCAAGUACCUGCCGCAAAAGUACGCCCGCCCCAGCAGCCGCGCAGGCCCUGAUGAUCGCGACCGCGACCAGCGUACUUCCCGCGCCAAGUCGCCACGACCCUCUUCCCCUCCUAGUCAAUACAAGUACGCCGAGCCGCCGCAAUACCAGUACGGCCAGGUUGACGACAAGAGCCAACGCGGUUACGAGAAGCGCAAGGAUGAGGAUGACUUGACCUAUGGCGCAGACCCAUACGCACGUCGAGACGCAAGCCCUAAUCCGGCCACCAGAUACUCUCAGGCCCCGCCGUCUCCUGGGCCGUCACGGCAGAAGCAGUAUUAUGGCGAGUCCCGGAGCGAUGCGUCGAGCAACGUUCUGACCGUCGAGCCCGGCGGCGGUGAUCGCCGAGGCGGCCGCCGCGACAGGUCACCCCAGCCGCCGCACCAGCGCAUGUCUUCUCUGUCCGUCAACAACGCCCACGCCCCUGCUGCAGGCAUGACGCUUGCUGCCGCUCCUGGCUCACCCCUCCUCGAAUCCUACCGCGGCACCUACCAAGACAUGUCGCCAAUGCCAUCACCUCUGCUGCUUGCUUCCAACGCCGGGCCGAACGUGAUGGAGCCCCUCUCGCCCCUUGGCUCGGAUGACGAGCGCGGCACGCGGAGACGCCGUGCCCGUUUCCAUGACGAUCCCGAAGAUAACGCGACCCGCCUCGCCAACGCACUCAAGGGCACGAAGAAGGAUAGCGCGCCUGACACGAACCCCCUGAUCGAAAUUUUGCCCGGCCUGAGCCACGAGCAGAUUAUGGAGCUGAGAACCGAGUACAAAUCGAUUGUCAAGACGGGCGCCGAUCGCAAGGGCGUCAACAUUGCCAAGCAUAUUCGCUCACGCCUUAAGGACGCUGAUCCAAGCUUGAUGAAGGCUUGCUAUGCUGUGGCCCUUGGCCGCUGGGAAAGCGAGGCCUACUGGGCGAACUUUUGGUACCAGGGCGACAAGACGCGGCGGGAGUUGCUGAUUGAGAGUUUGAUGGGCCGUUCCAAUGACGAAAUCCGUCUGAUCAAGGACUCGUUCAGCGAUAAGAAGUACGACAAUAGCCUGACAAAGUGUAUGAAGACGGAGCUCAAGGAGGACAAGUUCAAGAAGGCCGUUCUCAUGGUCCUCGACGAGCGCCGCAUGGACGACGUCGAUCAAUAUGGUCGACGUUUGCCUCUGGACUUCCACCUCGUGGACCAGGAUGUCGACGAUUUGCGCCGUGCAGUCAAGAGCGAAAAAGGCGGCGAGUCACUCAUGAUCGGCAUUGUUGUGCAGCGUAGCGACGAGCACCUUCGCGAGGUUCUCAAAACCUACGAGCGUGCCUACCGCACCAACUUUGCGCGAGACGCGCUGAAGAAGAGCGGAAACCUUGUGGGCGAACUCUUGGCGCACAUCCUGAAUGGCGUCAUCAACAAGCCUGUUCGCGAUGCGCUGCUGCUGAAUCACGCACUCACAGCCUCGAAGCGUGACGGCUUGCGCAAAGACCUGCUCAUCUCGCGCUUAGUACGUUACCACUGGGACCAUGCGCACAUGGAGGCCAUUAAGCGGGCGUACCGUGAACGCUACCGCGUUGACCUGCAAGAGGCGGUCCGGGAGGGAACGAGUGGUGAGUGGGGUCAGUUCUGCCACGAGCUGUGCAUCUAUCGCAUGCCGAAUGAUGUGAAGAGAGUAGAGAGGGUUCAGAUUAAGCCGGCCAAGCCGGAACAGUAUUACAGGCAUCUAACCCCCUGCUGGAUCAAGGGUGGCAUAGAUAAGAACGAAUGCAGCUAUUCCCGACCCCCAUCGUCGCCGGCCGGCCUUCUGACUGGGAGUCAGACUUCUUCUCUUGAAGGCUCCAAAUCCGCCCAACGCACCCUUGAUCUCGACCGUGGCGCUGCUCUUCGGGACUCCUCCUCGCGCGGUGACGUCGAUACUGGACGCAACCGCUCAACAGAACCAUCCCUAGGCCACCGAUCAGAACUCACCUCGCCCGGAUACCGCACAACGCCCUCAACCCGGCCACCCCAAUCCCCCCUUCCGAGCGCAGGCGAGCAGCCAAAAAUCCCCCUGCCCCUCCUGCUCUCCGCCGCCGGCAUCCUGCUGGACCUUCUCCUGCUUCCGCAUCCGUACCCGCAGCACGCAUCGUCGUCUGCGCCACAGCUCGACCCGUCCUCGUCGUCCGACGAAGAGCAGCAGCAUGAGCAACAACAGCAGCAGCAGCUCGAACAGGCCGAGUCUGAGGUCGAAGUGUCCGAGUCCGAGCCGACCGUCACGAUGUCGUCUUCGUCAUCCCCGUAG